UGUAGUCACAGCUACUUCGGAAGCUGAGGCAGAAGAAUCGCUUGAACCCAGGAGGCAGAGGUUGCAGUGAGCCAAGAUUGUGCCACUGCACUCCAGAGGUGAGAGAUUGGAUUGUAAAUGUUGCUUUUGUCCUAAAGGUAGUGACAGCUCACACUUACUGACUGCAUUGUGCCAGACAUGGUUCUGAAUUUCAAGUUAAUCUUUAUAACCUAUGUGGGUGGGUACCAAUUUUAUUAUCCCCUUCUCUAUAGAUGAGAAAACAGGCACAGAAUAAGUCAGCAUAUGCAACCAGCGUCCAAAGUCCUGGUAGUCAAGGGAGGAGAGUGAUUCAAGAAUGGGGGAAUAAUCAAUGCAGCAAUGAAAAUUGAAGGCCAAGUUUGAUAAGAGCUGAAAAUCCCCAUUCGAUUUGGCAGUUGGAUCACUGGUGAGUUUAAGUGCAAUUUUAAUUGAAAGCUGUGCGCAGGCCUGAUUAAGAUGGUUUUAGGAAAGUAUAUGGGAAAUGAGAAAAGAAUUGAGUCCAUAUGACUCUUGAAAGUUUGUAAAGGGAAGCAGAAGCUUCAUGGUACAGGGCAGUGGAGGUCUAGAGUCAGGUUUGGAUUUUAAUUCUGACAAUGCCACUUGUGUGUGAUGCUGAGGGAACUGUGUUAAACAUCCAAGGAAACCUUUGUUUCGUCAUCCAGAAAACGGGACUAAUACCUACUUUGUAGGGUUGGUGUGAAGAUUAAAUGAGACUAAUUGUGUGUGAAGUCCCUGGAAUAGAGUAGAUACUGUAUAAAAUGAAAUUAAGGUUGUGGAGGGUUUGUUUAAAGGUUUGUUUAAAGGUUGAGAAGAAGCUACAGCCUAAAGAGGCUGACAGUAAAAAGGGUCUACACUGAGAAGAAUGGGGUGGUCUGUGAUUUCACAGCUCGUGAAACCUGCUGUGACUGGUGCUCACUCCACUCUGCAAGUCAGAGGCAAGAGAAGUCAGCCCCAGAAUUUCUGUUUGGAGGAGCUUAGAAACAAUCUUAGAAAGUGGGUGCUAAGGCAGAUUUCUGUAAGUAUGUCUACCAAGCACACUGCCUCUCUGCCUGGGGUGUGGGAUGUGGGGUGGAUUAGAAGGGAAUUGAUGGAGAUUGUGGGUACGCUCAAGCUCUUAACCAGCCUCCCCUUUCGCAGAUCCUUACCGAGGGCUCUCUGGCAACUCCAGAGCCCUCUAGAUUUUCUUCUCACAUGCAUUCAUAACUGUCUCUUUUUGAGGGUUUUCCUCUGGGCUGGUCUUCGCGCGGGGCCUCGAAGUGCGAGCCUGCUUCCCUUCCCCCAACACUAGAGACAAACCUGGCGGGUCUCGGCUCCGCGCUCCAGAGCCCGCGGGCCACACGCGCCUCCUAACAACCGGACGCCAGGCUCAGCCUAGGGAGAGAGGAGGCCACCAUGGAUCAGUCAGCCAUCGCCAUCGCCUCCACCACAAUAAGAGAAGACCUGGUGCGUUGUACAGCCUCGAAACCAGAUCGAAAGACUUCCACUUUUGAAAGAGAAGGAUGGUGGAGAACAGCAUUAACAAAUACUCCUAUACCUGGCACUUACCACUUGAAAACUUUCAUUGAAGAAUCCCAAUUAAAUCCAGUGAUAACAACCUACAAUUUUAAAAAUGAAGGAAGGAAAAAGCCACCUCUUGUGCAAAGAAACAAUCCAGUUCUAAAUGAUCUUCCACACUAUAUACCUCCUGACUUCCUGGACCUGUUAAAGAAGCAAAUGGCUACUUACUCAUUCAAAGACAAACCACGGCCAAGCCCCAGCACACUAGUUGACAAAGAUCAGUCACUUCAGCUUUCGCCGGGGCAAUACAAUGUGCUUCCUGCACCAGUUCCCAAAUAUGCUUCCAGGAGCUGUGCAUUUCGUUCAGCAGUUCAAAGAUUCCCAACAACCUAUUUUGUUCCUCAUGAAGGCCCUGGUCCUGGUCAUUAUAACGUGAAAAUACCUCCAACCAGCUCUAUUACUUCUUGUUUUCAAUCCAGAGUACCUCGAUUCUUGCCCAGCUGUUCAAAAACCCCUGGCCCGGGAGCAUAUACAGCUUUAAGACAAUUCCCUAAGCAGUCUCCUACCGUAGCCAGAAUGGGCCGAGAACACAGCCUCUACUUCAACAACACAUUUGGCUUUUAAAAUAAAGCAAUCUUGGCACCAA